AAUGUCAGUUAAACUACCUUCAUUCAACACAGACUUCACAUGUUACCUAGACAACCAGCCGCCCCACACUGUGAAACUAGUGACAAACACUGAAAUAAUAGAGUGUAGCGGAGUAAUACUAUCUCAGCACAGUCAGGUACUAAGAGAACAGAUCAGACAGGACAAUGAGGUGUUCCUGCUGGAUUAUCAGUAUGUCAGAGAGCUGCUGGUUCUGCUACAUGGGGGGUGCGUGGACCUGACGGUGGAGAACUGUUUGGAGUUUGUUAAGUUCGCUUGUCAGUUCAAGGUUGAGGGUGUUGUGGAGCAGGUGUAUUGUUUUCUUAGUUCUGUUGUUAAUAGUUCCAAUGUUGUUCAGUGUGUGAAGGUUUGUCUAGGGGCCAUAAAGGUUGCUUCCUUUUAUGCAGAUGAUGGUUUAGGCAGAGACCUCCUGUGGCCUUGUGAGGAUAUUGUUGAUAUGAUGAGCUCUGAGGAAGUUGUUGAGUUUGUUAGCCAUUUUGAGCCUGAUGAAGUUUUUGCUAUGUUUGUUAACAAAAUCUUUGUUAAGAAGAUGCUUUCUGUUUGUUCUGGUUUAGUUAUAGAGUCCAACGCUGAGUCAUUCCUGGAAUCACUGCUCCUAAACGAGGAUUUUGUAGAGGCUGCUGCACUAUGUCCUGAACCUGAAAUAACAACAUUUUUUGAAGUGGUCGAGAAGCUGAACUCUUUGUCCGUGAAGAGCUGGAAGGUGCUGCAUAUUCUUAAGAAAUCUGUGUUCAAGGAGAAAUCAAUGAGUAGUUUAAAUGUGCAGGUUGCUAGUGGCAACAAUAGUCAUCAAAUGCUAUUGAAAGAUUGGAGAUCAUACACCGGUGACCAAAUGUUCCAACUCUGCAAAUUAGCAUCAGGCAUAAAUAACUUUUAUCUUAUGGAGAUCAUCAUUUCUUGGGUGUCCCUGAAAAAGCCCAACCUCAAAACUGUUAAACGUCUCUGCAAUGCCAUAGAUCCUGCCUUAUUACCUUGCUUAUAUCUAGAACAUGCAGCAGCAAUCAUUAAUUUACUCGGCUAUAAGGUUACUUUAAAAACUGAUAAAGGUACGACAUCGAAGUCAUCCCACACUUUCAACAAAAAAGUAAGCGUGGAGCUAAGACAUGAUGUCCAUCAGCUGUCUAUAUCCUUUAUAUGUGGUUGUCCAAACUAUGGCCAACCGCCAUGUGGGAAGAUCGAAGUCAAUAAAGCUGAAGUUGUUGUAUACUGUCGCCAAAGUCCAUUGUCAAGAUAUGCGGUGUACGGAACAACUGAAGAUGGCAAACAUAUCCCUUUUUACGCCGAUGUAAUGGCUGUGAUGACUGUUCCAAUUGCUAAUAUUACGCUCAUUGAACUAGACUCAAUUGAAGAGCGCUAUACCAAGAAAGCACGACACAUAUAGAAACUAGGACCUCAUGACACAUAUAUUGGAGUGUACUGUUACAAAAUUAGAUGUUAUCAAUUUUGUGGUUUGUUUUACUUAAGUACCCUAGCAUUCUCAUAAUUAUUUUCUUUGUUUUUAAUGUAUAGUAAUUUUUCAUUCGAAUUUGUCAUGAUAUUUUUAAUUUGGGUAAUUUGAUCUUUAAAAACAUAUUGAUAUUGUUAAUGAUUAUUAUUAUAAUGCUGCAUCUUGUUGAUUUAUUGCUUUAUUGC